UUUUUUUUUUUUUUUUUUUUUUUUUAUCAGCCGGAUCUGGAAUGAGACAUGGCUAUCAAGUUUCUUUUACAAACCGUGCAAUUAUGAGCUGUUUGUGAAGCAAUCUCUCAAUAUGGAAAUGGCCAUUGUCAUGGCAAGGAAUGCAGGCAUGGACUGGAUACUUCAUCUUGACACUGAUGAAUUGAUACAUCCCGCUGGUGCUAGUGAAUAUUCUUUGAGGCAAUUACUACUGGAUGUUCCUGGGAAUGUAGAUAUGGUUAUAUUUCCAAAUUAUGAGAGUAGCGUUGAACGCAAUGAUGUAAAGGAUCCCUUUAGUGAGGUUUCAAUGUUCAAGAAAAAUUAUGACCACCUCCCAAAGGAUACAUACUUUGGCAUGUAUAAGGAAUCAACUCGUGGUAAUCCAAACUAUUUCUUAACUUAUGGAAAUGGGAAAUCAGCUGCUCGAAUCCAAGAUCAUCUUCGUCCUAAUGGUGCACACAGAUGGCACAACUACAUGAAAACCCCCAAUGAGGUAAAACUGGAAGAGGCCGCAGUUCUACAUUACACAUAUGCCAAAUUCUCAGACUUGACUUCUAGACGUGAUCGUUGUGGCUGCAAGCCCACAAAAGAGGAUGUUAAAAGAUGCUUUAUGCUGGAAUUUGACAGAUCUGCAUUCAUAAUUGCUUCAACUACAACUGAGGAGGAAAUGCUAAACUGGUACCAUGAACAUGUUGUAUGGGGUGAUAAAGAGCUCAAAUUGAAACUUUUGAGGAAGGGCAUUUUAACUCGCAUAUAUUCUCCCAUGGUCAUAAUACAGGCAUUAAGAGAGUCUGGUGUAUUCAGCUCUAUUAUUGCAUCUGCUCCAACAACUCUUUCAAAAGACAAGUUUUUAGCAUCUAUUAAUAAAAACAACUCAUCCAGAGCUGUUGCCUCUGAAUCACUACCCUCGAGAAAGAUCAAUAGAAGCAAAGAGCAUCAGGCAGCUACCAGGAAGAUCUUGGAUUUGGAAGCUACCACUUCUCAUGAAGCAGCAGUUCCACCACUGUCUCCCCCAGGAGUGAAUGAUCACUCACUUGUGGAAGUGUGAUCCAUAUAUUGACGCGAUUGCUUCUUCUUCUCAUUCCUGUUCAACUAGUCAUCAUUUUGGUCUACCUUGCUUAGAAGGGAAGAAUCAGGAGAGAAAAGAAAGAGCAAGCUCUGUGGCGAGUUACAUGUUGGUUCUUCCCGAUCAUGAUCCAAGCGCUUUGUGUACAUUUUAGGAUAGAGAGAUUUAAGUUCUGGCAACUUUGGCCGCAACCAGAAACAUGGCUCAUCAUUUGCAUCGUAUAGAAACCAGAGUCUUGACAAUCAGGGGUUUUAACUAUUAUUUCUUGAUAUUGUGGACAUUCAAGAUACUAAUUAAUGUGAGGAUUUCCAUUCCUUACCUUUUGUAUCUGAGGAAAUGUCUAAAUGAUUCAAUAUGAUUUAAGAUGAGCUAAUGCUAAUCUUGUUUCUUUAA